UGUUUGGAGACAAUUUUCCCUCUAUUUACUCCAGAGAGUCCAAAGCUCAGUUGGUACCCAGUGACCUGGCAACUGAGUGGAUGGAUAAAAGGAGCAGGCUGAACUCAUGCAGGUCGUCGAUGGGAUGGCAAUCCAGAUUUAAGACGCUGAAAACAAGAUGAAGAGAUUUUAAAAAUAGCAACUUGUGCCUGCUAAAACUGAGAACAUGAAUGAGGAUCCAUAAUAUCAAUGUUUUAUAACAGACCAACAGUAGUGAUGGAAGUCUUGUAUGGUUAUGGGAUCAGCAGUACGUUGUACCUGCAGACCCAUUAUGGACAUGCACAAACCUGGUUUACAUUUGUGUCUAAAGUGGCAGACCUGCGUACAACAUUUUUAUUCUUUUUUCCAAUCUGGUUCCAUCUGCAGUCAGCAGUGGGAGUCAAGCUGGUCUGGGUUGCUGUUGUGGGAGACUGGCUCAACUUAGUCCUCAAGUGGCUAAUGUUUGGUGAGCGCCCUUAUUGGUGGGUUAAAGAAACUGUUUAUUAUGGCAACUCAACUGUGCCACAAAUCAAACAGUUCCCCAUGACCUGCGAGACUGGCCCUGGAAGUCCUUCUGGUCAUACGAUGGGAGCUGCAGGGGUUUACUAUGCCAUGAUCACGUCACUGCUGUCAAUUUUGCAGAGUUUUGACCCCCUAAAAAGAUGGUGCUUGCAGGGUCUUCUUUGGGCUCUUUUCUGGAGUGUGCAGGUUUGUGUCAGUCUUUCUCGAGUCUUCAUUGCAGCUCAUUUCCCACAUCAGGUCAUUGCAGGAGUUGUUUCGGGAAUCGCCGUGGCCAAGGCUUUUAAUAGAGUUUCCUGGAUCUAUUCAGCAAGCUUGAAGAGUUAUGUGCACACCAUCCUGUGUCUUGUGUUCGUUGCGCUGGGGCUUUAUACAUUGUUGGAUGCUGCUUCAGUAGACCCCUACUGGAGCCUAAUGAAGGCCAAGAAAUGGUGCAUUCAGUCUGAAUGGGUCCAUCUGGACACCACACCCUUCGCUGGCCUCCUUCGCAACACCGGGGCCCUGUUCGGACUAGGGCUGAGCCUCCAUUUGCCUAAUCAUGGUGAUUUGGAGAAAAACAAGAGCUGUGGAAACAGCACCAUUUACAGACUGACCUGUACAGCAGCAACACUGCCACUCCUGAGCCUCUUAGACUCAUUCAGACCUCCCACUAGCACUCAUGCGCUCUUCUAUGCACUUUCCUUCUGUAAGAGCGCCACUGUGCCUCUAACCACAAUAAGUUUUGUACCUUACUGCAUAAGCACAUUAGCAAAUGUGUACCACAGAAUGAAAGCAUAUUAAAGAAAACACAUUAUGAAACUGUAUUUAAGCUUUUUGUCUUUAACUGCAAUUAAGUCUGUAUUUAUGCUACCAGUCAAAAGUUUUUGAACAGUAAGAUUUUUAUGUUUUUUAAAGAAGUCUCUUUUGCUCACCAAGUCUGCAUUUAUUUGAUCCAAAGUACAGC